AUGGAGGCGCAUUCUGAAGACCGGCCAUCCUUCACGUCCUUUUGGAGGAAAACGAAGGACGAGUCGACAGCCCGGGAGCUCACUUUCGUUCAAAGCGACCCCAGCCAGUCGAACAGUAAAGUACCGGGGCAGGCCCAGGAGCCGGGGCAGGCGUCAAAGGACAAGCGGAGAAUCCAGGUUCGAAAAGCACAAGUGGCGCACCGCCAGCGCAAGGCCAAGUACGUCGAGCAGCUCGAGGCGGACAUCGCUGGCAUCCGAGACAAGAUCUCCCACGCCGAGAGCGCACGGCAGGUGCUACGGGACGAGAACGAAGCCAUCCGCGCUCAACUCUCCGCAGCGGCCGCAGCGGCUGCUGCCGCCUCGGCCUACAGCCAGGCCCAGGCCCAGGCCCCGGCGCUGCAACUCUCGUAUAUGCCGCAGUACUUACACAGCAACCUCCAGUAUCAAGACCACGGACUCGGCAUGGACCAAUUUGACGCAAUGAACUUGAGCAUCGACGGCUCGCUGGACACAUUUCCGUCGUACUACGUGAGCGAGUCUUCUCCCUUCGCCAGCUCAGGCGCUGGGUCCUCUCUGGGAGGCUCGCCUCAGUGCCUGGCUACGAGUGGAGGGAGCUCCCCGUAUCCCUACUUGCCGGAUAUGUAG